AUGCGGGGAAGCAGGCGUGGGGCCAGUGGCUCCUCCGUAGCCCUGGUGAGCAGUGGUCCUCCGGUGGCGGAUCUGCGACUCCUCCUCCUACUUUGGCUCCUCCCCCUCAGUCCCCGGGCGGGGCGUCAGCCUACGCGCUCCGGACCUCCGAGCUCCCGUCCCUGGGAGGGUGACAGCCGCCAGCCGGCCCACCUCCUCAGUCCCCAUUGGCUGCAACGCGCCUCUGCUGCACCAAGCUGGGGCUUCCCAGCCGGAGCGGGAGAGUCACGGCUGCUCCCUCCCGCGCCGGAAAGGAGGCAGCACCCAGCACGUCCCCCACGUAAGGAGCGCACGGUCACGCGUGGUGGCACUGUGCCACGCCUGAGCGGGUGGGUGGGACCCGGGGCAGGAGGUGUGCGACACGAUCUGGAGAGGAUGAGAGGACUGAUCCUGGAGUGUUGCCCCCAGACACGGCAGACUGGAGAACGCGAGCGGGGCCACACCCCUUCUUCGGAGAUUAGGGCUCGCCCCCCCCCCACAUUGGGGAAGCACACAAGUGGGCGUGGAAAGCGAGCGGAAGCCAGAGCUAGGCGGCUUCGGGGAUCUCGCACUGGGUCCCUGUGCCUGCCCGCCCUAGAGGAUCCAGGAUCUAAGGAUGACGCACGGAACCGUACCUUGGCCCCCCCAAGCCUACAUCCCAGACUGUCAGAGUUCACAUUACUAAGCCCGAACCGCCCGUCCCAGUGGCUCCAUGAAAGAGUUCACGGGCUCCCGCAAGGAAUUUGGGCCUCAGGCCACAGGCUGUCCCCAUCCUCCCAGCCUUCUCUGGCUCUUGCGCGUCCAAGAGGUUGGGAACACUGUUCAGUUUGGGGAUUGAGGGAAAAUCCUGUUACUACACGUAAGAACUCAGACAAACAGAAGUGACUGCCACCCUGAUUCCACAGACCCGUGCUACAUGGUGCACCCCGACGCACCAAAUCCAUCCAGAGCAAAGGCACUCAAAGAAAUCAGACAACACACGCUCCUGAAUCCCACCUCUUCGGAUGCCUUCUGCAGACGGGCCCACAAUGGGUUAAACUACAUCCUCAGUCAAGCAUGUGUGAACUAACUCCCAGAACCUGCAACUGUGCCUUAUUGGAAAAAUGAUCUUGUGGACCCUUUUCAGUCCUGUAGCCUCAUGGUAAUUUGUAAGGGAAUCCUUAAGGGAGAGAGUUCCCUUUGGGGCUAUGAUCUCACUGUGUAGCCCAAGCUGGGCUUGAACUCACAAUCCUUCUGCCUCAACCUCCCAAGGGCUAGGGCUACCAACAUGUACUUCCAUGCCCAGCCCUAGGAAGUCACUACAAAGCCCAUCUAGACAUCGACUCUUUCUACCCCAACUACAGAACUUGAUUAUUCAGGAUGCCCUGUCGGGAAAUGUUUUUGGUCAUGUAUCAAAUAUUUUAAUCGGGUAACCCAAUAAUUAUAUAUUUAUCUUCUAACUGCCAAUGCAUACUACUGCAUUCAUAUGUAUAAAUCACAAACAUGAAACGGCCUUGAGACUGGCUGUUUCUCAUCAAGCUAAAUAUCUCCCUGCAGUUCCUCUGCUGGGCGGAAAUUACAUGUUUUUAAGGCUCACUCA